AUGUUUUUCACAUUAUUUACUAUAUUCCUGAGCAUUAUUACGCUUAAAAGUGUUAGUUCUCAAUGGGAUCCAGGAAUGGGUGGAGGAGGUAUGGGAGGUGGCGGUGGUGGUGACAUGGGAGGUGGUGGUAUGAUGAUGGGUGGAGGAGGAAUGGGUGGUGGAAUGCCUGAUGGAGGUGGAGGAAUGAUGAGUGGCGGUGGAGGGAUGAUGGGAGGGGGAGAUAUGAGCGGUGGUGGUGGAAUGAUGGGAGGUGGAAUGGGUAUGGGAGGUGGGAUGCCUGAUGGAAAUAUGGGAAUGAGCGGUGGAGGGAUGGGUAUGGGAUAUGGUGGAGGAAUGUCCGGAGGUGGUAUGCCCGAUGGAGGUAUGGGUGGUGGUAUGUCUAUGGGUGGUGGAGACAUGAACGGAGGAGGCGGAAUGGGGAUGGGUGGAAUGAGCGGUGGAGGUGGUCCAGGCGGUGAUAUGGGCGGUAGUUAUCCUAGCUAG